GCUCGUUAUCUGGGGCUCUGGGCGUCCGGGGAGGGGAGCCCGGGCCGCUCGGGCCGCAUCCCCCGCCGGGGCCCCGCGGCACCCAGUGCGCGCCGGCACCUGCCGGACCGCCCGGCGGCGGCCCCGGCGCGCGGGACCCCGGCCCCCCCGCCGCCGGGAAGGUGGUGAAGGGGAGGGGACAGGCGAGCUCCGCGCCGGCCUGCUCCGCGCCCGGGGCCCACUUGCCGCGCCGCCCGAGCGCAGGGGAGGGGACGCCGAGCGGCCCCCGAGCGACCCCAGCCCGACCUCCCGUGCUGCGCGGGGCGGGGGCGCCCGGACCCGGGAGUUCGGGUCGCGGGAACCGCAUCCAGGUGCCGGAUCCGCGCCGCGCGCCAGGCGGGGAGCGCGUCCCGCGGCCUCUGUGCGCCCGGCCCGGGGCGGCCUCGGCCCGGACCCCGGCUCCGCUCGGGACCCCCGGCCCCGGCGCCGCGCCCGCGCCUGGGUCUCCCCUCCCCCUCGGGGUGGGGGCGGGGCGGUCGCGGCGCCCGGAGAGCGCAUCGAUCGGCAGCUUUGUGAUUGAUCGGAAAGUGCCCGCCGCCGAGCGGGCUGGAGGCCGGCCCCGAGCGACCCCCGACCCGCCGCCGGUGCCGUCCCCUGGCUGACAGGUGCUCCCGGCCCCUCGCCGGGGACUCCUCGGCGUGCCCGGCUCCCCGCGUCCCCACCCCCCUUUCCUCCCUCGCCUUCGCCCCCACCCCACCCCCACCGCCUCGGCACAGCGCAGGAUUUGUUUAAACCUUGGGAAACUGGUUCAGGUCCAGGUUUUGCUUUGAUCCUCGGCACAAACUGGAGACACCGAAGAGGGCCCUCGGAGAAAGUCUUGGAUGGGAGGAUGUGAAAAGGACCCCGCGAGGCUCGGCGGCCAGAGCAGGCGCGGCGCGUCCCGCCCGGCGCGGCCCUCCCCCGGCGGCGCUGAGCCCGGCCCGGAGCCCCGCUCCCCCAGUGCCCGCCGACCGCGCGCCCGCCCGCUCAGCCCAAUGCUCCUCUUCGGGCUCCUCCUGCUGACAUCCGCCCUGGCCGGCCAGAGACCCGGGACCCGGGCUGAGUCCAACCUGAGCAGCAAACUCCAGCUCGCCAGCAACAAGGAGCAGAACGGAGUACAAAAUCCCCAGCAUGAGAGAAUUAUUACUGUGUCUACGAAUGGAAGUAUUCACAGCCCGAGGUUUCCUCAUACUUAUCCAAGAAAUAUGGUCUUGGUAUGGAGAUUAGUAGCAGUAGAGGAAAAUGUAUGGAUACAGCUCACAUUUGAUGAGAGAUUUGGGCUUGAAGACCCAGAAGAUGACAUAUGCAAGUAUGAUUUUGUAGAGGUUGAGGAACCCAGCGAUGGGACCAUAUUAGGGCGCUGGUGUGGGUCUGGCACUGUGCCUGGAAAGCAGAUUUCUAAAGGCAAUCAAAUCAGGAUAAGAUUUGUGUCUGAUGAAUAUUUUCCUUCGGAACCCGGGUUCUGCAUCCACUACAACAUUGUCAUGCCAUUCACAGAAACUGUGAGUCCUUCCGUGCUACCCGCUGCAGCUUUGCCACUGGACCUCCUUAACAAUGCUGUCACUGCUUUUAGUACCUUGGAAGAUCUUAUUCGGUAUCUUGAACCAGAUAGAUGGCAGCUGGACUUAGAAGAUCUAUACAGGCCCACUUGGCAACUGCUGGGCAAGGCUUUUGUGUUUGGAAGAAAAUCCAGAGUGGUGGAUCUGAACCUGCUCAAGGAGGAGGUACGGCUGUACAGCUGCACCCCUCGGAACUUCUCCGUGUCCAUCCGGGAGGAGCUGAAGAGGACCGACACUAUCUUCUGGCCAGGCUGCCUCCUGGUGAAGCGCUGCGGCGGGAACUGUGCCUGCUGCCUGCACACCUGCAGCGAGUGCCAGUGUGUCCCGAGCAAAGUCACCAAGAAAUAUCACGAGGUCCUUCAAUUGAGACCCAAGACGGGCGUCCGGGGGCUGCAUAAGUCCCUCACAGAUGUGGCCCUGGAGCACCACGAGGAGUGUGACUGCGUGUGCAGGGGGAACCCUGGGGGAUAACACCUCGCAGUGGCUCAAGGCUGCCACUGUGACCGAACGCUCGCCUUAUCUCCAUCCACAGUCCGGCCUGGCUGUUGGCUCCAGGGCCCUUUCAUCUUCAGGAUUUACAGCGUGUUCUGAGAGAGGAGACACCACGCAGAAUUAGGGGUCGUGCUAAGGCCCUUUGGAGAGAAGGCCCCAGGACAGGAGAAAAGUCCUCACCGGGAAAGGAAUGAAACUUGUAGAUUCCUAGUUAGUUGCAAAGUCCCCACGUGCGCCCUUGGCUGCUUCUGUGUCUCUUGUCUGGAUGUGGCCUAGGUUUACGUCAGCACAGGAAAUACCGCCCAUGAGCCCCUGGUUCUAUUGCCUUGCUUAACUUUAAAGCCCCCUGCUCUGGGCCUAAAAUCACAGAAAUCUGGGAUUGUUUCUUAUACUCACAUAUAUAAACCAGAGUGUUCUAAGUUCUACCAAUGUGGGUUUUAAAAAAGAACUGUGUUUCCAUGAAUUAAUCUUGGUCAUACUGAUAGGAAAGACUGGAUUUUCCGUAUUUCUUAUUCAGAAUUCCACCAUUUAGAAGAAGAGACCUCCAUGCAUGGUUUGGAACAGACAAACCUGAGAAGAAGAGUGGCCUUAUCUUCACUUUAUAAGUUGGUUUAUUUGUUUUAUUGUGUACAUUUUUUAUAGUCUCCUUUUGACAUUAUAACUGUUUGCUUUUCUAAUCUUGUUAAAUAUAUCUAUUUUUACCAAAGGUAUUUAAUAUUCUUUUUUAUGACAACCUAGAUCAACUAUUUUUAGCUUGGUAAAUUUUUCUAAACAGAAUUGUUAUAGCCAGAGGGACAAAGAUGAUAUAAAAUAUUGUUGCUCUGACAAAAAUACAUGUAUUUCCUUCCUGUAUGGUGCUAGAGCUUAGAUUGAUCUGCAUUUUAAAAUACUGAAUUGGGAAGUGGAUAGAAUUUGGUAAGUUGCAAAGACUCUUGGAAAAUAAAUAAUCAUAUCUUCCACUCCUCUUACUGGAGACACCAGUAAGAAGCAGCAUAUUCCCAUAGACCAUAUUCCCAUAGAUCCAGGCAUUACUAACCCCUAACCCUUAUUUCGGGAAAUGUGAGCCUAGCUCAGAAGAACAUAAAGCACCUUGAAAAAAGAGACUCAACAGCCUCCUGACAAAGCGUGCGUGGCUGUCCUGUAGGACCACAUCCUAUUUAUUGUGAUGUUCUGGUUAGAUUGUCUUUAAACUCUGUUCCAUACACUUGUAUAAAUACAUGAAUAUUUUUAUGUACAGAAGUAUAUCCUUUAACCGAUUCACUUAUUAUACUCUUUGGCAAUUGAAAAGAAAAUCAGUCAGAUACUUUGCUUGUAAAAUGCUAAUAUUGUGUCUAGGUUAUGUGGUGACUAUUUGAAUUAAAAAUGUAUUGAAUCACCAAAUAAAAGAGUGCAGCUAUUUCGGGGAGAAAACUGAGUGUGUGUUUGAAAGGUUUGUCUCUUAAAUGCCAAGAAAAUUAAAGCGGCAGA